GAUCAACUCGAACAGCGAGUGCAACGACUUGAGAGCGAUGUGCCACCGGCCUUCGAGAUUGCAGCCUCUCGAAGGGCCUCGAGUCGCCCUGGCUCCACUAAGCUCAGAAGUGGCUCACGCGUGACAUUGGAAGGCCUCUACGAUAACGAUGAUUGCCCUUGGGAUGAUCCGACCUUUGACGUCUCUUCUGAGCAAAACGGAACGCUUCCACCUACAGGAAACUCAAAGGCGCAGGAGGCUGAGGAGCAUCGCGGCUCGGUGCGACGUGGCUCGGGUGAGGUGACGACAGAACCUGUCGGAGGUCUAACAGGCACCUUCCUGCCUCGAACGAGCCUUGACAUUGGCGGGGAGGAGACGCCACCUGAGCCACAGGUCCAGCGCAGUAGCAUUCCAGUGAAUGGACAUGCAACGCACCAGCUCCAGGCAAGUGUCAAUGGCGGGCGGAUGCUACAGAAGCUCAUUGCCCAGCCCAAAUCUGCAAUGCGCUCGCGACCAGGAAUGGCUGAAGUAGCUGCGGUGCCUUGCUCAACCGCCCCGUGUCAUUCUCUGUCUCGUCAUAGCCUCCAGAUGUCGCAGCGACAGGGCGGAUCGUUUGUCGUAUCAUAUCCGCGUGGCAUGACGCCCUUGGUUGCUGCCCCCACCGCAUUUCAUCAUCGUGCUGCCUCUCCGGGUGGAGCACCCGGCUCCCCACCAGUGCCCCAUGCGACACUGCCGCUGUUCGCUGGCGUGCCAGCAGCUCAGUUGCAAAAGGCCUCUUUGAGGCCCGGUGUGCCAGGGGUUGCACCGUUGGCAUUGCAAGCAGGGUCCCACGUAGCUGUGCCUCAAGCUGUGGCGAUGCGGGUGGGACCGCAGGAACCCCAAGCAACACAGCCAGCUCAAGGGUUGCCAGCUGGGCCCAAGAUCCCAGAGAACGUAGAUCAAAGCACAGCACCGCAGCCUGCAGUGCAUGCACCAUCCACAGUGGAAGCUCCUGCUGCAGUGCAGGGAGUCCAGAGCUCACAGGUACAGGUGAUGCACUUUCAUGGGGACCCAGAGGUGAGGCCACCCCAAGCGCAGGGAGUUUCAGAACAGAGCCAGUCCUUGACUCUGUCACAGCCAGCGCAGUCCAGUAGUGCGAUGCAGCGGUCAUCUUCCCACCCACCCUUGGAGAAAGUGGCUGUUCCGCUCCCGGGAGUGACCCCGUCAAUGAUGCAGACUCCCUGGGACAGGCGUAGCCCCAUGUCUCCAAUGGUGCUAGGUCGAGAACAGACUUGCCCUGUGAGUCGGGAGAAGACAGAGGAAGACGUGGCAAUUCCAAUGAGGAUUCCAGGUUCUGCUUCUGCUUCUCUUCCCAGAUGGGCAGUCUCUGCUGGCCGUGCUGCCAUGAACUCCAGGUCAACCGUGCAGACGGUGCAUCCAACGCCCAAGUCCAGUCAGACGCUGCCAUACAAGAGCCGAGGAGUUGUGGCCUUAGCGGAACCCGUGGCAGUGGAGUCUUGUACACCUGUGGAGCCGGUAGCAAUGGAGGUGACGGAAACAUCGUCUCCCUUUGGGCCAUCGAUUUCCUCUCACGCCGGCAACGUGCAGCACGUGCAGCCCGUGCAGCCCAACGCUGCAGCGGUGGCAGAGGUGGGUAAAGCCAUCCGAGACUGGACAGAGGAGGACGUGGCAGUGUUCCUGACGAAGUUGUCCACUGUACCAGUGGACAUCAUCGACGUAGUGCAUGCGCAUGCGAUUUCGGGAGCUGUGCUGCUGUCGCUGACCGAGGAGGAUCUGGAAACGUUGAACAUUGAAAAGUUUGGCCAUCGGAGGCUCUUGCUCCUGGCUGCACAAGAGCUGCGCCGAGUGGUACAGGCCGAGCGGCCAGCAGGUGACUUCACCGGCAUGCUGUCGCCCACUUCCUCCUGCAGCGGCACAUUCUCGCAACAUCCCAGUCACCCUGGUCCGGCGAGGCGUCGCGUCGUCGGCCCGCUGCUGGGGGCGCAAAGCGUGCCGGUCGCCUGGCGCGUCGAGGAAGGCCUCGCGUUUGUUUGAUGGGUUUAAUCAUUAAAGAGCCUUGGGCUACACCUGACAGGGCUACUCCUAAAAGUUGUUAUUUAAAAAAAAUCGACUGUUCCAGACAAAUUUCAUCAAUUCCAAUAUUUUAUCAAAAAAACAAAAAAUCAAUCCAACAGUUCAAAAGGAAACUC